CUGAGGCUUCCCGUUGCCUGUGGGGAUUCUGGGGAAUUUGUGAUGACAGCACCUCUCCCUCUGCGGAGGAGUUGCCUUGAAUAUCCAAGGAAAAGCGCAAAGAGAGACGCUUUUGAAGGCUGAGCGCGUCUGCGUGCACGUUUCUUGUUUUUUUAGUGGGACCUUAGACAGUUUUCACGCUCCUCAUCAUGACUUUGACGCCUGUUGGACUUCCCAGCACAUUCUGAAGGACUCUAAGGAUGAUAGGCACAAAGUGCUAAUUUGGACAGAGGAACCAGUUCAGUCCAAAUGGUGGAACAUGGCAGUUUCUGGCAUUAUACAAAGGCACUUUGGAGUAUUCCUUAUGGCUAGCUCUAAACUGUAGAUUGAAACAUGGACAAUCGACCCAUGAUGACCUUUAGAAGGACAGCGGUCAUCAGCAUUGCAAGAGGCCCCCAAAAUGACUUUCUCAGUAGAGCUUUCAAUGGCAGACUCAGCCAUGGAUGGAAACCUGACAUUAAAAGAUAGUUCCAAUUCACUAUUAUCUGUUGACCAAACACCACUUGAGCUGAAGAACAAAUAUUCAUUAGAGAAGAUCAAUCAAAUUGUACCAGUGCUAGUCAGCAAGGAUGGACCUUGUCUUCAAAUCACAAAUCUUCUCACAGAAGAAAAGACAAAGGAAUGCAUCAAACAUAAAAGCACUUCUGCUCCAAUAUCAAGCCCAAAACAUGAGAUGAAUGGCAUUUUUCAUGAAUCCGACCUCCAAACUGGACAGUGAUACAGGGUUUUUGACUUCCUUCAGAUAGUUCAGUGACCAACAGCCUUGAUGUAGAUUCCUCAAACACCUUGUCUACUUCUUAUCCUUUCUCUAGUUUGACAGUAAGAUCCAUUUCAGACCCCGCUUACUCUUUUGCAUCCUUCUCCAUUGGGACCGUCCCACCUUGAGCACCCAUAUUCUGCUCCUUUGUCAGUCCCUAAGGGUACCGAUCUACCACGAAUCAUCAAACACAAGCCCAGCUCCAUUACCUUUGCAGAUUAUGACAGCUUUUUGGGUGUUAUCCAGAAUGCCCAAACCAAUGAGAGUUCAGAAGGUUGUGAGACCUCUUCUGAAGAUGACAGCCAUGGCGAUGAGGUGUUCCCAGAGAGCAAAGAGUUUCUCCCUGGCUCCAGACGAAAUAGGGGUGGAUUGGAGAACCAAAGGAGAAAAGGAACCAUGUGGACAAGCAAGUACAAAAGAAAGUUCCAGCACCAACCUCCCACCGACCAGCACCAGCAGUUAUGAGGCAGAGGAGGAGAGUAGUAGUACAGAGGAGUCUCCUCAGGUCCUGUCUCCAUGGUCUGAAUCUAUGACCCAGCUAAUAAAGAGAUUAGAUCAGCUCAAUCUGGAUAUAGAGGAAGCGCUCAGUGCUGGCUCCUCCCCCUCCGACACACCCAACACCGCCAGGAGACACACCGCUAAUGACAGAGCAUUCCUGCAGAGCGGAGUUGUGGGGGUGAACCAGUCCCUCAACUGGAACAACAUGGCCAGAAGAACCGACACGAAGGAACGGCACGGCCAAGAAAGACUUGUGGGAGCCACUUCCUCUCUGGGGAGAUCACAUGGUAAAAAGACAGAGAUGUCCAUCAAGAAGAGGCAUGGAGGUGCAGAAAUCGAGGCAAAGGAAGCUUGUGACUGGCUACGGGCGGCAGGAUUCCCCCAGUACGCCCAGCUCUUUGAAGAUUCUCAGUUUCCAAUUGAUAUCUCUCCUGUGAAGAAAGACCAUGACUUCUUGGACAAAGACCUUGUGGAACCUCUAUGCCGGCGACUAAAUACGCUGAACAAGUGUGCCUCUAUGAAACUUGAUGUAAACCUUCCCAAGAAAAAAAGUGAAGACUCAGAUGAAGAUGACCUCUUUGCCAUCAGUGACAAAUGGACCUUUGAAUGGAGCAGUCGCCGUUGGUCCAGGCUCCAAGACAUUGAUUGCCUGCUGAGGGGUGUGGAAAACAAGAAUUCAGGGGAGAACUCUGCCCUGAGGACAACAACCAGCAGCGAGAGUGUUCUAACAGAUUUGAGUGAGCCGGAGAUCUCCUCGCUCCACAGCGAGAGCAGCGGUGGAAGCGGCGGUAUUCCUGCGCACAGUGCGGAAGACUCUGACAGCUCGCACCGCACCUGCUCGGACUCCGCAGCCAUGCCCGACCACACAUCACUAGGCGUGGCCCAUCUCUCUUCAGAUAUUUCGAGCUACAGUUCGCUGCCUGUAAAGCAUGCCAAGCGAGGACGGACACGAGCUAAGGAGUUCUUACGCCGCAUGGAGGCUUUGCAGUUGCAGGGAGCAAUGGGUGGCGGAGGGAACAGGAGUCUUGUAAUAAGUGCCCCGGUUCUCCAACAAGAACCCCAGGCUGUGAAAACUCUCCGUUGUGUGGAGAUCAUCAAUUGUGAUAUGCGUCUAGCGGAGCCACCUUCCGGCAUGGGGUUGCCAUCCCAGUCCAGCAGUGAAGGGAGCAGCAGCCAGUCCAGCGGGAGUGCCGUCAGUACGCCAAACCUGAAGGAACGCAACGUCCACCGGGCCAAUCACAAGCGGAGCGGGAUGUACCUGGAGGACUUGGAUGUGUUUUCCAGUCUCAUCCAGGGUAAGCGUGUGGCCGAGCAGAACCGCCGCAAUGAGUUCCGCUCCUACGAGGACCUGGUGGUGCAUAUCCCUAAAGAUCACAAACCUGGAACCUUUCCCAAAGCUCUGUCCAUUGAGAGUCUUUCACCCUCAAUGGCAACCUCCAUCAACUGGCACUCUGCAAGCACGGACUCGGAUGUCCAACGUCCACCCAGCAUCAAAGAACCUCGCCCCAUCACACAGUGCUGCACACGAGGUAGUCGGAUCAGCAUUUACGACAACGUACCUGGCUCACACCUCUAUGCCAGCACUGGUGACCUCAUAGACUUGGAAAAGGAAGACCUUUUCCCACAUUUGGACGAUAUUCUGCAGCAUGUUAGUGGGCUGCAACAGAUCGUGGACCACUGGUCCAAGAAUGUACUGCCCAAUAGUGAAAAUGCAGUGAAGGAGCGAGUUGAUUUUAAUGGAGAGAGACAAGGGGACCUGCAGUCAUCUAGCCAGAUCACGCUGGACUUUGAGGGGCAUUCAGUGCUGGAGGGUCAGGCCCUCAGUGAUGUAGACAGGGAUGGGGUGUCGCUUAAUGAAACAGAAUCCACUGGAAUGAGGGAAAGGAGAGACUCUGGUGUUGGGGCUUCUCUUACCAGACCAAGACGCUUGCGAUGGCCGAGCUUCCAAAUUUCCAACCGCCUCAGCCAUUCGGUCGCCUCCCUCCAGAUCUCCAGCCAAUCUGCCGCCCAGCUUAGUCUGCUACAGAAAUUUUCCUUGCUCCGUCUCACUGCUAUUAUGGAGAAGUACUCCAUGUCCAACAAACAUGGCUGGACCUGGGCUGUGCCAAAGUUUAUGAAGAGGAUGAAGGUUCCAGACUACAAGGAUAAGAAUGUGUUUGGGGUUCCACUGAUUGUGCAUGUGCAACGCUUCGGUCAGCCUCUGCCUCUUGGCGUGCAGCAGGCUUUGCGCUACCUCAGGAGCCAAUGCCUUGAUCAGGUGGGUCUUUUUCGCAAGUCUGGAGUUAAGUCUCGUAUCCAAGCUCUCAGACAGAUGAAUGAGAGUUCUCCAGAAGAUGUCAACUAUGAAGACCAGUCUGCAUAUGAUGUGGCCGACAUGGUUAAACAGUUCUUCAGGGAUCUGCCUGAGCCACUUUUGACCAGCAAACUUGGUGAAACCUUCCUCCACAUUUACCAAUAUGUGCCCAAAGAGCAGCGCUUACAGGCUGUGCAGGCGGCCAUCAUGCUGAUGUCAGAUGAAAACAGGGAAGUAUUGCAAACACUGCUCUGCUUCCUGAGCGAUGUCACUUCCGUGCAAGAGAAUCAAAUGACACCUAUGAACAUCGCAGUUUGUUUGGCACCUUCGCUUUUUCAUCUCAACAUCCUGAAGAAGGACAAUCUUACACCAAGAGCUAUGCAGAUGCAGAAAAAGUAUGCUACAGGGAGGCCAGACCAAAAGGACCUGAAUGAAAACCUGGCUGCCACUCAGGGCCUGGCACACAUGAUCACAGAGUGUAACCACUUGUUUGAGAUUCCACAUGAAAUGGUGACACAAUCGCGGAACUCUUACGUGGAGGCGGAGCUUCAGGCUCCCACAAUCGAGGAGCUCUGUAAGCGGCAACAUCAAGAGGAAGAGGGGGAAGAUGAAGGCUCCUGGCCUGCAUUCAUAGAGGCCAGACUGCAGGGUCUCCUCAAAGAAUCACGGGAAAAGGCCAAAGGUUGGGUAUCCUGCCAGAGCACCGGUAACACCGAGCUGUCCUAUAAGAAGGUGGGUGAUGGGAACCCUCUUCGACGUUGGCGGGUCUCGGUGGAGGUGGAGGCUCCUCCUUCUGUGGUUCUGAACCGUGUUCUUCGGGAACGGCACCUGUGGGACGUGGAUCUGAUGAAUUGGAAAGUGUGUGAGGUCCUGGACAGGCAGACGGAAGUGUUCCAGUAUGUCCUCAACUGUAUGCCCCCACAUCCCAGCAGAGACUUCGUAGUGCUCAGGUCAUGGAGGACAGAUCUGCCACGGGGGACGUGUUCUCUGGUGUCUGUGUCUAUCGAGCAUGAGGACUGUCUGCCUGUAGGGGGCAUCAGAGCUAUAGUGAUGGAAUCCAAUUACUUACUGGAGCCCUGUGGCUCUGGCAAGUCCAGACUCACCCACAUCUGCAGAGUGGACCUGAAGGGGAGAUCUCCAGAGUGGUAUAACAAAGCAUUCGGACACCUUUGCGCCGCCGAAGCUGCUCGUAUUCGCAAUUCCUUCCAGCCGAUCCAAACAGAGGGUCCAGAAACAAAAAUUUGAGCCGUGCUAUCAUUCUGGGAAAUGAAAUCUCAGUUCUGUGACUCUGAAUACCAUGAAAACUUUCUGCAGCUCUUUGCCUCUUUUGCACAAUGAGCAGAGUUGCCUGGUCUGGGAAAUAAACUCAAAUGGGAAUGUCGUCAACUUACCAAUGUACCUUUAGCUGGUCCCUUUUUAAUAUUAUCUUAUUGUAAUUAUUGUUAUUUGUAUUAUAAUUAAUUAUUUUAUUCUUUUAUAUGAUCUUAUACAAUGUAUAGGACACCUAAGCUCUUAAGUGCUUCUGGGAAGCAUAUAUGUUAUUUAAUUAACAAAAAAAAGCUAUAUUUGCACAUGCAUGCACCGCAUGUCCAUGUAUGUGUUUGUUUGUAUUUGUGUGUACGUGUGUAUCUACACACAUCUUGUAUAGACUAUAUAUAUAUAUAUAUAUAUAUAUAUAUAUAUUUAAAUGCUCAUGUAGUACGAACAUUUUGCAUAUAUGUCUUUGAUAUCUCCUUUUGCACAGAUAUCAGUGUAAUUCAUAUAGUACAAAAUGUUACUCAGUUGUAAGCUGGGUUUAUUUUGCUUUUUCUGUUUUAUUUUAAUGUUUGUCCAUGAAUGGGUGUAAUAUUAUGGAAUUUUUACUUGCUUGUUUUAAAGGAUGGACAAAAUGACUUGGGUUUGAUUUUUUUUCAGACCUGCUAUAAUAGUACUGGAUUACAUUAAUGACAAAGAGACAAUGAUUUUUAAUUAAACUAUGUAAAUGAAUUAA